CUUAUUUAUUUAUUCAUUGGAAAUCCUGGUGAAUAUGACGUUCGGUAUCUGUGAAAGGUGUGUACACGCGACUUCUAUCUCGUUAUUUAAAUUUUGGAAAUGUCCUGACAUCGUCAUUGACAAUAAUUGAAAACCCCGUCGAAAGUCUGAAGUGCCAUUAAGUCGAUCUGCAUCAGUUUCAUCUAAUAUUAAAUUCCAAAACAUCAAGGAAUUUUUUAGCGAGCACAUGUCAAAUAAAAAAAAUAGGAACAGAUAGAUCAGUUUCAGUGGAGUCGUAAUCUCGCCCGCCCAAGAUCCGGAAUAAGUAACAAAGUAUUAUGUAUAUAUUAAGGUACUGAGUAAAUGUUUCAGAGUGUGACGCACGCCCUCGCUCUUACUUUCACACGGGUCUCAUUAUCAUCCGUUCCAAAGGGGAAAGUUCCCUCUCAUCUGGAUAGUUCCAAAAAAACUUUAUGGCUAACUUCAUAGGAGAGUUGGAUGCAUAAUUUUCCGUAAUGUCGAAGAGGGUUAAUGAAUUUUUUCUCCUUUUGCAUUUAGCUUUGCUGACAUUUGGGGAUCUCCAUCCUGUUGAAGCAGUUCGGGGGCGAGUUCAGGUGGACCCCCAAAUCGGUAUAAACUCGAUUGCUGAUAAUCUUAACACAAGAUCUCGGGAAGAAGGCAUUGAUAGUACCCGAGAGAAACGUGAUGCCAACGAACAAAAGAGGUCUGAUAAAGGAGACCUCGCUAGCAAAGCCGCACAAGAAGCUAAAGCGGCAUCUGAUGCGCAGAAUAUUGCUGGAAAACAGGCAUCUCAUCAAGUAAAAGUCCAGCUAGCAGAGAAAGCGUUUCGUGCAUCGAAGGCCGCGGAAGCGGUGCUCAUAGGAAAGAUAGCACUCGUCGAACAAUUAGGAGAAGAGACGAAGGAGACCCAGAGUGUUGUUCGAGAAGGAUCUUUGAGUUUUCAGCGGGCAAAACAGAACGUUGCAGCUGCUACCAAAGCUGCCCAAGAAUCGCAUCACCAGAUCGAUACAUUGAGACGUGCAGUGGAAACGGCGAAAUCCAAUCUGAGCAAUGCUAGGGCAGCGGCCGAGGGUGCUCGCAGCUCGUUAGGAGAGAAGGAGCAAUUAUUGGCAGCAGCUAAAAAACGCGUCGAAGAACUAAAGGGAAGACUACAAAAAGCAAAGGGUGAUUUAGCUAAGACCAAUCAUGCUGCGGCCAAGGCUGAAGCUUCGGCAAGAGAAGCUAGAGUCAAAGUGAAUCACGAUACACCCAAAACUUGAUCUUUCUCCCAUAACUUACAAUUGCUCCUAAAACAGAAAUUUUCAUUUAGCGCGCGGACUCAAUGAAGUUGUGAAAUU